AUGAAUUCAGGAAACGGAUUUUCUGUUUCUGCUGUGCGGAAAUUGACUCAUAACACCCUGGUAACCCGCACGUUGGGCCGGCCAAAGCUUGCAAUUAUGCGACCGGGAGGAGCUGAGGAAGCGCUUUGGAAUCGCCUUCAACAAAUAAGCUCCACUUCCCCAAUCAGGAAGAGGUCACGUUUUUCCACAAAAUCCGAGGGACCAGACGCCUGCAACAUGCCUAUGGAUUUUGAAAUCAUAAAUGAAACAAACAAUAAAGAGUAUAAUGACUCUUGGGGAAAGCCUGGUACGGUAGUGCUGAGAUGGGUGCAGAAGUCAUUUAGGCCACCGCUGGUGGGAGUGCACUUGCCACGCCCGUCGAGACUUUGCCAACCGCAAAAGAAAGAUGAAACCAAAUAG